AGAAAAUGGAAAGCUAACUUAAGGGUAUACAACCUCAAUCCGCUGAAUUGCCUUUUGCCAUUUCUUUCCCAGCUCACAACUUCAAGGAGCUCCGGAUUGAGCAUCAAACCCAACCAAGCCCCUGAUUUUGCAGACAAUCCAACAAUGAGAUACGCACCAAUUCUCUUGCCCCUGGCGGGCCUGGCGUCUGCUUUCGUCAUCCCCGACACGGAGCUUUUCAGCCAUUUGGUUCCGGAGCAAUCCCAGCAACGCCCUACUCCGGCGGCCCCACUUGAGCAGCACUUCUCGAUUGAGCACUCGGCCGACAAGGUCGUCGCCUGGUGGGACAGCCUCCUGGAGCACCUGCCGAGCCGGGAGUCGCUGCUUUACGCCGCCGGCGAUGCCAUCGAUUUCGUCUCGCAGGGCAUCGAGAAUGGCAAGCAGACGCUCAGCCAUGCGCUCGACGACGAGCUGCAGCUGUUCUCCGCCGAGACGGAGGGCGAGGACGACAGUGAGGCCGACCGUCCGCGCCACGGCCACAAGCCCCACAGGUCCAACGAGACCAUCUACGAGAUCAUCAAGAAGUCCAAGUACACGACCAAGUUUGCCAAGCUGAUCGAGGACUUCCCCCAUGUUGUCGAGCUGCUCAAGUGCACCGACAGUGGGAACUUGACGUUGUUCGUGCCGACCGACAAGGCGUUUGAGAGGAUCCCCGACCAUGGAAAGGACAAGAAGCCGCCCAAGGAGGUCGUCGAGGCCCUGCUCAAGUACCACGUCGGCAUUGGCUUUUACCCCGCCGGCCGCAUCCUGCACACGCACACUAUCCCGACCGCGUACAAGGAGUCGUGGCUCGGCGGUCACCACCAGCGCCUUCGUGCCCGCGUCGGCUUGGGUGGCGUGAGGAUCAACUUUUUCAGCAAGGUCGUGGGAGCCAACUUGUUCGCCAAGAACGGCGUCAUCCACGCCGUUGACCACCUCCUCGUCCCACCUCCCAUGGUCGGUCGUAUCAUCUCGCUCUUCCCUCAGCAGUUCUCCACCCUGCUGCUGGCAUUUGAGAAGACCGACUUCACCAACUACAUCCACAAGGUUCCCAUGGCCGGCGGGACCGUCUUUGCCCCGUCCAACCGCGCCUUUGCGCGCCUUGGCCCUCGCGCCAACGCCUUCCUCUUCAACACCGAGACGGGCAUCAAGUACCUCAAGGCGAUCCUCAAGUACCACAUCGUGGCCAACCAGACCCUUUACAGCGACGCGUUUUACGGACCCGAGCACCGCGAGAACGCCCCGGCCUCUGACGAGGAAGACGACAUGGUCGCCGAGGGCGGAUCGCACUACCACAUCGACCUCCCCACCCUCCUGGACGGCAAGAACGUCGCCGUCGAUGUCGCCCGCUGGGGAGGCUGGUACCGCGUCAAGAUCAACGGCUACAUCCCCGUGACCGUGCAGGACCUGCCCGCCCGCAACGGCGUCAUCCAGGUCGUAGGCCGCGUACUGAUCCCGCCCCACAAGCACGGCAAGGUUGACGGUGACAGUGUUGUCGACGGCGAGAUCGAGGUAGAGGAGCUCAAGGAGAGGCUCAAGGGUUAUGUCGAGGCGGACGACGAGGAGGACAUUGGUGAGCUGUGAGCGGUGAAAUUUUGUACAAAACGUUAAUUCGACCCGAUGUCUAAGGCAGCUACUAGAUAGUAUGUGGUUUGUACGCUGGGAGAAAAAUAGGAAAAAGCAGAAUCACGAUUUGCAGAUGGAUGAAAUGAAAGUCCUGAUGAUACGUUGACGUUGUGAAAUCACAUGCGAUACGGUCCACAUGAAUCUUUGAAGUUGAGACACUUCGCUGGCGUUUUUGUGAAGGCAAGACAAAUAAUGAAGCUAAGAUUCCUGAGUACUAAGUGUAUACCAAAAGAAAUAGCUGUAGAGUGACUUGAUCAAAUGGGUCU